CUGGAGGCGUCAUUCGUUGCUGGGCUGUCCUGCUGCUUGGUGUGCGCGGUCGCUGGCGCCAUAUCUAUUAGUCUCACGUCUUAGGCCGGGUUAUAAUGAAGCAGAGCUGACUUUGUAUCUUAUUGCCUCCUGGUAACAGCUGGCGGCUCAGGCCGAAGAUUCCAACUUUUCUAUGACAUUUGAGACGUUUUAGAGUGGAUAACCUGAAGAUGAUCAGCUUAUAAUUUCAUGUGCCCAAUUUGAAUUUAGUUUUUGUCCACUUACUUUCAGCUAUACUUUAAAGCCUCAUACUGAAGACAAUGGUUCCAAACGGUUAUCUUAGUUUCGAGGACGAGCAGUUUAUAGAGUCUUCUGUAGCCAAAUUAAAUGCCUUGCGGAAAAGUGGCCAGUUCUGCGACGUGAAGCUCCAGGUUUGUGGGCAUGAAAUGCUGGCACACAGAGCAGUCCUUGCCUGCUGUAGUCCCUUCUUGUUUGAAAUCUUCAAUAAUGAUAAUGAGACUCAUGGAAUGUCUCAUGUGAAAUUUGAUGACUUGAACCCAGAGGCGGUUGAGGUCUUGUUAAAUUAUGCAUAUACUUCACAGCUUAAAGCUGAAACAGAACUGGUGAAAGAUGUUUACUCUGCUGCCAAAAAACUUAAGAUUGAGCGUGUGAAACAGGUUUGUGGAGAUUAUUUAUUGUCCAAAAUGGAUGUGCAAAGCUGUAUCUCUCACCGUAAUUUUGUGGACUCCAUGGGGGACUGGCGCUUAUUAAGUAUGAUUGACGGCUAUAUUCAGGAGCAUCUUCUUGAGAUAUCUGAACAAGAUGAUUUCCUCAAACUUCCACGACUUAAGCUGGAAAUAAUGAUUGAGGAAAAUGUUUCUCUUCCAAGCAAUGGCAAAUUGUACACAAAGGUAAUCAACUGGGUCCAGCGCAGCAUAUGGGAACAUGGAGAAAGUUUGGAAUCCUUGAUGGAUGAGGUGCAAACAUUAUAUUACUCAGCCGAUCACAAGUUGCUUGAUGGGAAUGUUCUUGGUGGCCAUAAUGACAUAUUUUCCCCUGAUGAAGAUGGUAUACAAUUGGUUCAGAAAAAAUCUCUUCGUGAGAGUAACAGGCACCUGAGCAGCAGUAGUUCUGGGACCCUUUCACCAUCAGGUUUUCCAGCGCAAAGCCCUAAGCAUGAAUGGAAGAUAAUUGCUUCAGAGAAGAAGUCAAAAAAAACCUACUUAUGUCUGGCUGUGCUCAAUAGCACACUUUGUGUCAUCUUUCUGCAUGGCCGCAAUACUCCAUUGAGCUCACCAUCAAGUACUCCUCGAUUAAUGAAGAGUCUAAGUCUUGAAAUACCACCAGAUGACUCCAAUGACAAAGUAAUGUCACCUAUGCAUUGUGCCCGGUCAGGGCUGGGAACCGCUGAAUUAAAUGGGAAGCUCAUAGCAGCAGGUGGCUAUAAUCGAGAAGAAUGCUUACGUACAGUGGAAUGUUAUGAUCCAGACAAUGACACAUGGACCUUUUUGUCUCCUAUAAAAACACCUAGAGCUCGAUUUCAAAUGGCAGUUUUGAUGGGUGAUCUGUAUGUUGUUGGGGGAUCAAAUGGUCAUUCUGAUGAUCUAAGCUGUGGAGAAAAGUAUGACCCUAAAGCCAACACAUGGGCAUCUGUUCCAGAGCUCAGAACAAAUCGUUGCAAUGCAGGAGUUUGUCCCCUCAAUGGAAAAUUGUAUAUUGUUGGAGGCUCAGAUCCUUAUGGUCAGAAGGGCCUCAAAAACUGUGAUGUGUUUGAUCCUUUAACAAAGUCAUGGGCGAGUUGUGCUCCCCUAAAUAUCCGAAGACAUCAGUCUGCUGUUUGUGAGCUUGACAAUCAUAUGUACAUCAUUGGAGGAGCUGAAUCCUGGAACUGUUUGAAUUCAGUAGAGCGCUAUAAUCCCGAAAAUGACACUUGGACGUUAGUUGCGCCUAUGAAUGUAGCUCGCCGUGGUGCAGGAGUUGCAGUUUUCAAUGGUAAACUUUAUGUAGGGGGUGGGUUUGAUGGCUCUCAUGCUCUAAGCUGUGUGGAAUCCUAUGACCCUGCCAAAAAUGAGUGGAAAAUGGUGGCAAGCAUGAUGUCUCCAAGAAGCAAUGCUGGUGUAGUAGCUGUUGGAAAUUAUAUAUUUGCUGCUGGCGGAUUUGAUGGAAAUGAAUUUCUGAACACCGUUGAAGUUUAUAACGCCACUUUAGAUGAAUGGAGCCCAUAUACCAAAAUGUGCAGAUCAUAGAGAACGUAGAUGUAGAUUUUUAGCUCGCACUUUGUCGUCUUACACCAGCAGUUGGGUAGUGUACAUUUUGGAUUGUAAAUACUUUAUUUCGGUUGGAGAUUUGUUUCCUCAUGUGAUUGUCGAUGAGGAAUUUUAAACAAUUUCCAGUCUCCUUGAGGUAGUGUUUUUUGUUUUUGUUUUUUGUAUAUUUUUCAUCUUUCUCUUGCACUGAAAUGUAGAGUGAAUUUUCUGAACAAAAUUUCUAACAUUUGAUGUUUUUUUUAACUGUAUGCAAAUAGUUUCCCUCAGUACAGAAUGUGCUUAAAGAGCCUUAUUAAAUCUCAUGCAAGACUGCAACCUUUAAAGUGCAGGAUGCCAAACAAUAUUCUCAGAUUGCCUUUUUAUUAAUUUUUGUAAACUUGAAAUGAAAAGCAGAAGUAACUUUAUGCUGAAGGAGAGAAUUUCUUUUUCAUUCUAUACUUUAGAUACUGUGUAUUUAAUAAUGCAUCAUUUGUUCUGUAGACUUGUGGGGUGGUUUGUCAAGAAUAUUUCCACUGUUUUAGUAAAAUAGGCUAUUCUUUGGCAGCUUUUUUGAGAUGAAAUAUUUUCUGGAACACAGCAAGUGUCUUGAAAUGUGUAAAAUCAAGCAGGUUUAUCUGCAAAUAUUGACUUGUGUCUUAAAAGCCAAACAAUUUCUGUAUGUUCUGUAAUAUGAAUAACUUUUCUAUCGCUGCUUAAUGUACAUGGUUCUUGAAUAAAAUGGACAAUUGAAUCAA